AUGCCCUACACACAAACACGCGCAGAGCAACAAGGCAUUGACCUCUGGCAUCCAACACCCACUACGGUUCGGUCUUUAGAUUUUCACCAGAGAUUGGUUGAUUGCGGUGCAUUUAUGCCCUUUGGGUUCUCUUCUCCUCCUUCCGCAAUUCUGCUCGAUGCUGCUCAGAAGCAGGCACCGGGGCAGAAGCAGAGGCAGACGUACAAGAAAGAUGGAGCAGAUACCUUGCUGUCUGCUCCAUCGUCUGCCCAGUUCUUGAGUCCUGGCAGGCACGUCCAUGUACCUUACCUCAAUGCUCUCUUCAGCCCGUGGAGGACCAAGGUACUCUGGGCUGCGCUGCAUUUAGCAAAAGCGACAGAGAAGGUCCAACGAGGACAUCAUAUGUGUCGGUCUCUCUAUCCGUACCUCGCUUUGCCUACCUUACCUUUCUUCUCGAUACCUAUCCAUCCUCCUCUCUUUAUCAUACCUCAGCCUCCCUCAUCUAUCUCCCUCCCCUUAAACGUCGCAUCCACCCUCGCAUAUUCUCUUCUUUCCUCUCUCAUCACCCUCACUCACUCACUCACUCUCGUCUCGCCCCACCACUCUCCGUACCCUCCUCUCUCUGUCUCACUCUCUAUUUCACCAUCCGUCUCUCCUCUCCCUACUCCUCUGCUCAGCAUUGGACAUUGGACUCACAAGCCAGUAAGUCAUCAGACGACCGCUACAGCUCAACAAAAUCGGACUGGCCGGCCUAGCCCGCUCGCGCAUUCUCUGCCAUUUUCCGACUUAGAGUUUGCCCUUGCCACCGCCCCGGUCGCAACCCCGACCCCGACUGCGCAGCAGGCCACACUACCAAAACCGCCGCGUCUAGACCCCGUGGCAGCAUUUCGCUACAACCCUCGAGUUUUCGAUCCUCUGCCAUCGCUUACCUCUGAGCGAUCGACCCUCCUAGUCAUCCGAGACACUGCCUGCAGUCGACUCACUCGCCCACCCUCUCCCAUCGACCAUCGAUAG